AUGCAGAAGAGUAAGUUGUUAGCUGCCAAGACGAGAAAGAGAACAAAGUCGAAGUAUAAGCGUCUAGCUAAGAAGAAGAUGUUUUGGACUAGUGGAAAGAGACACAGAUUCAGACACAAGCACAAGAAAAAGGAGGGAAUGAACGAGAAAUUCCCUUGGCUCUGUGAGAUGUGGCUGCUACGAUUUACCCAAAGGAGAAAGAGGAAAAAUAAAUACGUGGAGUCACAGAAAAAGACAAGGAAAACACUCUGUGAAGUGGAGAUUAUCUGUAGCUGGGAGGGAUUGGUGAAGCUUGAAAAGAUUACAAAAAAUGGUAAUCCCUCUAUCUGUCUGAAAAAUGGUCUCUGGGUUAGUUUUGUGCUUAACAAUACAGAAAUUAGUCUGCUCAAGAGUAUGGAACGCAAGCAUUUUCAGUAUUCAGAAAAAGAAGCUUCUCAAGGCAAAGAGUUGAUUGAAAGGAGAGACUUCAAACGAGUCUCUGCCUUAUCCCUUGGUAAAGGAGGUGGAGGAGUUCUCAAAUUGCAACAGUUGACGCUAGGGAAUGGGAAACAGUUGGUUGUCAUGAAGGAAUCAUAUGGGAGUCAUGGAGAUAGCUUUGUAAUGAGUUUCCUCUCGUCUCUUAUAUAUUCACUACGGUUGCAGUGGAGUCUGGUUUGGGAUGACUUUGAUAUGGAGAGACAUGAGCGGGAAAGUCUGGUGAUAAACGUUGAAGCUAUCGUGCACACCUGGAGAAGUCACGUCCACUCAUAUGAUCUGCUUGCUUGGGUUUAUACUUUGGAAGCGAAAAACAAGCAUGAACAAGCUGAAGAACUACUGGAUAUUCGAACAGCUGCAGCACAAGGAGGAAGGUUUUCCAAGACCAACGACAUCUCAAAGAAGCUGCAACGCUGCACAAGCUACUGA